AUGAUUAGGCAUGGAGAAAAGCCAGGUGAUAGGGCAAAUAAUCUCUCUGCUCAAGGGGAAGAAAGAACGCAGCGCCUUCGUAACGCUUUUAGAAAGGAAAGCGGGUUUGAUAUUAGCUAUAUUAUUACCGAACACCCUAAGAAAGGUCUGAGCUACUCCUUCCACCUUAAAGGACGCCCGUAUGAAACUGUGCAACCUCUGGCCCACGAUUUAGAGGAUUUCGGUGUGAAAUUCAACACAGAUAUUAAGAAAGACGACGCCGCAGGUAUCGCUCGGGCAGUAAAAGCGUAUCGCGGAGAAGGGGAUGUCCUUAUUUGCUAG